AUGAAUAUAAAAUUGAAAAUACUACUGAAUAAAUUAAGAAAUAAAAUUGAAAAUGAUUUUGUCUUUGAUAAGACAAAAUUGUAUUUCACACAAAUUAAAAGAAGUUUAUCUAUUAAUGAAAAAAAUAAUAUAAAAAAAAAUAUUUGGUCAGUAAAUUACCUUUUUUCAAGUAAAAAACACUGUAAUAAUAAAAAAGAAAAUGAAAAAUUCAAUGUAAUAGGAGAUAACACUAUAAAAAUAGGUAAUGUAUGCGAAAAAAAUGUACUACAAAGUUUAAUAAAGAAAUAUGGAAUUUUAAAUGAAAAAAAUUUUUUUAUGUUGAUAAUUUUUUUUGCUCUGUACGAAAUCCUUGCCAAUGAAGAAAAGAAAAAAAAGAAAAAAAAAUACAGAAAUUUUUUUAAUUUUUCUAAUAAACCAGCUGAUUGUUGUGGUAUUAUGGGAUACUUAGGGAACAGAGAUGCAUCGAAGAUUUUAAUUGAAGGAAUAGAAAUAUUGCAAAAUAGAGGAUAUGAUUCAUGUGGUAUGUCAACAAUAAGUAGUAAUAAUGUUUUAAAAACAACAAAAUUUUCCAGCACUUCUACAUCUGAUGCUAUUGAUAAAUUAAAAUGUAACUAUAUGACUAAUCAUGUAAAUGACAAUAUAGGAAUUGCACACACAAGAUGGGCAACUCAUGGAAGUAAAACAGAUGAAAAUGCCCAUCCACACACAGAUUAUGGUGAACGAAUCAGCCUUGUACACAAUGGAAUAAUUGAAAAUUAUAGGGAACUGAAAACAUUCUUAUUAAAGAAUAAUAUUCCAUUUAAAUCAAAUACAGAUACAGAGGUAGUGGCUAAUUUAAUAGGAUAUUUCUUAGAUAAAAAUGAAAAAUUUGAAGAUGCUGUAUUAUCAGCAAUUAGACAAUUAGAAGGUACAUGGAGCUUUUGUAUAAUACAUAAAAAUUAUCCUGAUCAAAUAAUUUUAGCAGCAAAUGGAUCUCCUUUACACAUUGGAUUUAAAGAAAAUGAAAUUUUUAUCGCAUCAGAACACUCUGCACUAUUUAUGUUUACCAAUGAAUACAUAUCAUUAAAAAAUGGAGAAAUUUUAGUUGUAAAUAAAGAAAAAAUAAAUGAUUUAAAAAUAUUAAAGAAAUUAGAAAGCAUACCUGAAAUUGCAAUUCAAAAAACUCCACACCCAUUUCCACAUUGGACUAUUAAAGAAAUACAUGAACAAUCACAGUCUCUAUCAAAAUCAUUAAAUAAUGGAGGUAGAUUUAGUAUUGCCAAUAAUUGCGUAAAGUUAGGUGGUUUAGAUCCUUAUAGUGAAGAUUUAUCUAAAAUAGAUAAUUUAAUUUUAAUAGGUUGUGGAACAUCGUACUAUGCUGCAUUAUAUGGAAAAUACAUUAUGAAUUAUUUAAAUUGUUUUAAUACUGUUCAAGUUAUGGACCCUGUUGAUUUUAAUAUAUCUGUAAUACCAAAAGAAAAAGAAGGAGUUAUCUUUGUUUCUCAGAGUGGAGAAACAAGGGAUGUAAUUAAGGCUUGUAAAUUGGCACAUGAUCUUAAUUUAAAAAAAAUGUCAGUUGUUAAUUCUGUAGGAUCUACUAUAGCAAAUAUGACAGGUUGUGGUGUUUAUUUAAAUGCAGGUAGAGAAGUUGCUGUCGCAUCAACUAAAUGCUUCACAUCUCAAGUUUCGGUAUUAAUAUUAAUAGCAUUGUGGUUUUUUCAAAAUAAAAAAAAUUAUUCUACAAGUAAUAAAAUUAGUUCCUUGAUUUAUUCUUUACAUAGAUUACCUUUAUAUGCUGAUAUGACAAUAAAAUCUUGUGAAAGUUUAUGUAAAUUAUUAUCACAUAAACUUUCCAAUUAUAAAUCUAUGCUAAUUAUUGGAAACGGUUUAAGUUACCCUAUAGCCUUAGAAGGUGCAUUAAAAAUUAAAGAAUUGACCUAUAUACAUUGUGAAGGAUUCACUGGAAGUUCUCUAAAACAUGGUCCUUAUGCUUUGUUGGGUGGUGAUGAUAAUAUACCUGUAAUUAUGCUUGUGUUUAAUGAUAGCACAAAAAAUGUUAUGAUAAAUACAGGAGAACAAAUAAAAUCGAGAGGUGCUCAUAUUAUUUGUUUAACAGAUGAUGAAAAUCUUGUUAAGCAUUUUGCCGAUGAUAUUAUAUUAAUUCCAAAUAAUGGAUUAUUAACACCUUUACUUGCCGUAAUACCACUGCAAAUGUUAGCCUAUUAUAUAAGUGUGAGCAAAGGAAUCAACCCCGAUAAGCCAAGGUGUCUAGCAAAAACUGUUACAGUUUCCUAA